UCAUCUGUUCUCAUUCUUCUUUGUAGUACUUGUAAUAAUUAACUUCUCUUGCUAAAGCAAAACAGGUUCAUUCAACAACAAUGCGUCUACUUCAACUUUGUGUGUUUAUGGCUUCCAUAAUGGCUGCCACCGCCGGCAACUUUCUUCAAGAUGUCGACAUUACAUGGGGUGGCUCGCGUGCCAAAAUGCUAGAUGGAGGCCGACAUCUCAGCCUCUCUCUUGACAAAGAUUCAGGGUCUGGUUUUCAAUCUAAGAAAGAGUUUCUAUUUGGAAGGUUUGAUGUUCAAAUGAAGCUAGUUCCUGGAAACUCUGCUGGCACUGUUACCACAUUUUAUUUGUCAUCUCAAGGAACAAGUCACGAUGAGAUUGACUUUGAAUUCUUAGGCAAUUCAUCUGGAGAUCCUUACACACUUCACACCAAUGUGUACUCCCAAGGAAAAGGAGACAGAGAACAACAGUUUCACCUCUGGUUUGAUCCCACAAAGGCCUUCCACACUUACUCCAUUGACUGGUCUCCACAAAGUAUCAAGUUUCUAGUGGAUAACAUUCCCAUAAGGGUGUUCCAUAACUGGGAAGAGAUUGGUGUUUCAUUCCCUAAGAGCCAACCAAUGAGAGUAUAUUCAAGUCUAUGGAAUGCAGAUGAUUGGGCAACCAGAGGAGGGCUAGUGAAGACAGAUUGGACAAAGGCUCCUUUCACAGCAUCUUAUAGAAACUUCAAUGCCAAUGGAUGUGUUGCAUCAACAGGGUCUUCAUCUUGUAGCUCCAAAUUUGCCAAUACUCUACAAGGUGGUGGAGCAAAAAACAAUCAAGGAUUGGAUGCCAAGAGUAGAAAUAGAUUGAGAUGGGUGCAAUCCAAGUUCAUGAUUUAUAAUUACUGCACUGACCGUAAAAGAUUCCCUCAAGGCAUCCCAGCUGAAUGUAGGCGCUCAAGGUUUCUAUGAGACAAGACUUGAAAACUCCAUCUAUUGUUGUUUCUGUCUCACCAAUGUAUUGAUUUGUUACUUUCUGCAUUCCAAUAUGGUUUCAUGUAAUUUUUUAAUUCUUUUUGCAUAUAAAUAUGUGUCCAUCAA